CCCGUACAUAGUCAGCACGCUAUCGCGGUCACGAUCGCUCGCACAUGCUGCUGUGGGUAGCGUUGCACUGCUGUCCACGAUGCCAAGUAUCGGAGCGAGGCGUGCUGAACAGCCUAGCUGCCAGCUUUGCGCGUGAUGCGAUGCGCCCAUCGGGUGUGUUCAUUUGGUCAGCGGAGUUGCGAGGCGCGAGGGGGUGCGAGGGAGGGAGUAGAGUGCAUCUCAGUUCAUCCCACCCAACCCACGUCGGCACGGGCCCCGCCCGCCGUCGCAUCGACAUGGCUUGUACAGCCUUUGCUUCAUCACUUGCACCUCUUCCAUCAGAGCAUCUUCAGCCAACGUCGUCUGUCCCCGCCCGGGUUAGGUCCAAUAACCUGCGAGAACAUCAGAUUUCCAAGGGCAGCUAGCUGCUCUCUGGUGCAUUUGUUUGGGCCUCUUGCACUGCGCAGGGAUCUCAACUCUGCAUUCGAUGACGAGGUGCGUGCCUGCCACAGCCGUGCAGCUUCAUGAACCUACGCGCUACCGACGCAUGUGGAAGCUCGAAUGAACGCGCAAGGGCUGUUCGAGACACUUUGCUUCCGAUAGGCUCGAGUGCGAUGCCGAGUUCACCCACGGACCAGAUCAGGACCAAUUCGAAUGACCCAGGCUGCCGCCCUUCGAGCACAUGGCUGGCGACCAACGUGACACCAUCUGCGCAUUGCUUCGACCUCGCAGACAUCACCCUGUAUAGUGCUAUUGUAGAAGCGCGAUUGC